CGGUUUUAGGGAGGGGCCAACGGGGGCCAGUGCCCCUGUGACAACAAGCUUGGACCCCCUUGUGGCCCCCCUAAAUGUGGGGUGUUAAAUUAUUUUUUUUACCAUUUUUUUGCGAUCGUUGUUUUUACAUCUGUUAUUAGACAGUGGGAAUGCAACAGAAAACACUGCGGAACAGAAACAACGCGGAACGGAAAAUAACGCGGAAUAGUUUCUAGAGGGACUGCUUGAAGCGGAACACAACAGUAUCGUAGAACUUGCGUUUGCGGGUUUUUACUAAGUUACUCAAAAGUUGGUGGACGUUUUAGCGCGGCUAUUAUAUUUGAAGACUUCAAGCAAAGAAGGAAUAUAGAGUUCUCAACACAAUGAAGAGAAAGAACCACAUCAUGUCGUUCUUCCAAAAAAAAAUAAGGUAGACAGUAAGACAGAGCCAGAUGGUUCAUGUGUGGAGACAGAAAGAGAGGGGAGAGAGACUGCAGAGAGAGAGACUGCACAAAGAGAGAGCAGGAAGAGUUGUCCAUUGGAGAGACUGAGAGUGAAGGAAUAGUAGAGGAGGAAUGUGAGACAGAUGGAGAGGCUGAAAGUGAUACACCUACAGAGGAGCCACGUGCGUCCACUUGCAGUGGACCAUCAGAUAUCAGCAAAUCCCGGGAAGAACCACCUGUGCAGCCAGUGAUGAAUAUGUACCCAAGAACUCUGAUGGGGGACCGCAGGAGGAGCUUCAAGGCAGCCUGGUACCAAAUCCACCCCUGGCUUGAAUAUUCCAAGCAAUCAGACUCUGUGUUUUGUUAUGCCUGUAGGCAUUUUAGCCCUCCCAAAGCCUCAGAGACGGUAUUUGAUUCAAAAUUGGGUUUUAACAAUUGGAAGAAGGCAACUUACAAACAGGGGGGAUUUGCAAUUCAUGCAAGGUCUGAGCGGCACAAACAAGCAAUGAUUACAUGGAGAGACUAUCAGAAAGCUGUAAAAAGUAAUGCAACACUGGUAAAUGCCCUAAACAAGGAACACAACAAACAGGUUCAAGAAAAUCGGAACUAUAUUAAAACAAUAGGAGAAAUACUACUACUUACAGCCACACAAAACAUUGCACAAAGAGGACACGAUGAGUCUGCAGAAUCAGAUAAUAAAGGGAACUUCAUGGCAAUCUUAGAAACAAUAGCUAAGCAUGACAAAACUGUGCAAAAAAGGUUGACUUCCAUUCAUAAUGCAAAAUAUACCAGCAAAGGGAUUCAGAAUGAGGUUCUGAGUUGUUUGGCGGACAUGGUUCGAACAAAAAUUAUAGAAGAGGUGAAAGACAGUGAGGUAUAUAGCAUAAUGGUAGAUGAAACAAAAGACGUUAAAAAAAAGGAGCAGAUAUCUCUAGUACUCCGGUACUAUUUCAGUGGAGCUGUCCAUGAGAGCUUUCUCCACUUUGAAUCAGCUGAUCGACUAGAUGCAGCAGGGCUUACUGACAAAAUCAUACACCUGCUGGAAAGUCAUGGUCUUGAAUACAAAAACAACCUAAUAGGCCAAGCAUAUGACGGUGCUUCAGUUAUGAGUGGUAAGCAUUCAGGUGUCCAGGCACGCAUUAAAGAACAAGCAAAGCAUGCCUUUUACAUUCACUGCAAUGCACACUGUCUGAAUUUGGUUUUAGUGGAUACAGCCAAAGCUAGCCCUGAGGUAGGAGAGUUCUUCUCCUUACUAGAAAGGCUGUAUGUCUUCACAUCUGGGUCAUAUGUGCAUCAAAAAUGGCUUAGCAUACAGAAAGAGAUGUACCCAGGUGCACCAGCCAGAGAGCUUCAGAGGCUAAGUGACACUCGCUGGGCAUGUCGAUAUAUGGCUCUACAUACUAUUAUGGAUAGAUUGCCUGCCAUUAAGCGAGUCCUACAAGACAUAGUCCAAGAACACAGUGGUGAGUAGAUCUGUUGAGGCUAGAGGUCUGCUUGCACAGAUUGAUUUACAGUUUAUUGUGUGCCUUGUAACCCUCCAUAAAGUGUUUGGAGAAGCAAAAUUUCUAUCAGAUAUGCUACAGUCUUCAUCACUUGAUUUGUCAAAGGCUGUUGAUUUAGUUGAAGCCUUAGUUCAGACUUUGAAAGACUACAGGGAGGAGUCAUUUUUUGAUGACCUAUGGAGUGAAGUGUUGAACACAGCUGAGCAAUGUGAUACUGCAGUACAGCCCCCUGCAACACGACCCAAAAAGCUAAGCUCUCAAUUUAGUUCAGACUGUGUACUCAGUACAGUGGGUCAGAGGUCAGCUUCAGAACGAGAAAAGGAUAGUUUUCGUACAACCUUUUUCUACCCUGUUUUAGAUCAGAUGCUCAAUGAGCUUAACAGAAGGUUUUCUAGCAAAAACUGUGAAAUAAUGACUGGCAUCCAAACUCUAAACCCUUCAAGUGAUGUGUUUCUCAAAGAAAAGUCCCUGUUUCCAUUUGCUAGAAUGUAUGAAUCAAAUAUUGAGGACUUGGGGUAUGAACUGCAUCAGUUCAGAAGAAUUUUAGAAAGGAAAAUACAGAGUGGCAUGCAGAAACCCUCCAGUGUAGUAGAGCUGACAUUAUUCAUUGAACCUUAUAAAGAAGUUUUUUUCGAGCUUUUUAAACUAUGCAAGAUAGCUGUUUCACUCCCAGUUAGUACUGCUUCUUGUGAACGGAGUUUUUCUGCUUAAAGCUGGUGAAAACAUAUCUCAGAUCCACAAUGUCAGAUGACAGAUUAAGUAAUUUAGGUGUUCUAAGUAUUGAGUCGUGGAGGGCAAAGGCCUUAAAUCUAGAUGAAUUUGCUAAUCUUUUUGCAAAAAGCCACAAAAAUCGUAGAAUACAGUUAAUGUGACUGAUAUGUAAUGUAAAUGUAAAAAUAUAAUUAAAAUGUAAAUAGUGACUGAGACUGAAUAUGUAAUGCAAAAAAUAUAAUUAAAAUGUAAAUAGUUAUUGUGACUGAUACUGCAUAUGUAAUGCAAAAGUAAAAAAUAAUAAAACGGUAAAUAAGUUAUGUGACUGAUACUAAAUAUGUAAUGAAAAUGCAAUUACAGUUAAUGUGACUAAUACUGAAUGAUGUAAUGCAAAUGUAAAAAAUAAAGUUGAAAUGCAAAUACAUUGUUGAAUGAUUAUAAACAUGGUAUUUUGCCUGUUAAUGCCUUUAGUGCAGUGCAGAAAAUGAUAUGACAAGAAUAAGGUCUAAAUGUAACUGGCCCCUCUAACAGUACAACUGGCCCCAGAUUGGCCCCCCCAGUUGAAAUGGUCUAGAACCGCCAC